AUGCACCCUGCACUCAAGACAUCAAGCAUUGUACCGAGUGGCUCCAAGACUUACGUUGCCGGGCUACGAUCUAGUGCGGCGGGGAACAUCUUCUGCAGCGCUGCCCUUAUCACCCUGACCCACCUACUGGCCGGCACGUACUGCUACUCGGGCAACCUUCGCUGGGCCUCGAUUGGUUCCCAUUACGUGAACGGGACCCAAGAUGGAGAGCAGAUUAAGGUUGUGUCGGUUCUGCAGCAUCCAACAAGUUCGAGCGAUAACUUUUCAAACGAUUUUGCCAUUCUCAAGCUGGAGAGACCGAGCAAGUUCAAACCCGUGGCGCUUGCGGCAGCGGAUGAUUCCGAUGCUAAGGACGGCGAGUGGGCCGCGACAAUGGGGUGGGAUGACACUGCGGGCGAAAGCACAAUGGCCGAUGAGCUGACGCGCGCAAAUGUUCAAUUGAUGAGCAACGCGGAGUGCGCCAAGGAAACGGCCAUUGACGACACGAUGCUGUGCUCGCGAGGUGUUGCCAAUGUGACGUCCUGCACGGGUGACUACGGAGGCCCUGUGGUUGUUGAGCGCUCUAGCGGUGACGUUGUAUUGGGCAUUGUGAGCUGGGGCAACGACUGUGGUCAACCGGGGUAUCCCAGUAUCGUGUGUCAAGUGCUCGGGCGUGGAUCGAAUCUGUCGUCACAGCGAUUUCCGCAGCAGUCUGUGCCGGAACAGAUCCCAGACAACAUGCAGAAAAAAGGUCUGUAA